GGAGGUUCUUUGGCCGGUAUGGAUCUGAACCCAUCCAUGCUUAGCGCUGCUGGUCCGCCUCCCUCUUCAGGUCCUGCUAUCCCUGCUGGUACAGGACCCGGCGGAACGCCCACCACGGCACUGAGCGUCUAUCACCUCAUCACCCAGCUCUGCCAAAGACCUGCUGCGGAUGAAAUGAAAGAGAAGGGUGGAGCUGGUGCUGCCGGUAACGCUGCUGGCGCUGCUGUUGGGACAGGCACGGAUCAGGUGGCAAUCACCACCUCCACACCCGCCUCUGGUUCAGGGUCAAGCAGCAACAACGGCAACACCAACGUAUCUCUCUCCGACUUGGUGCCGGGUUCCUCUCAAGCUCGAGAACACGCACUGUUGGAGCUUUCGAAAAAGAGAGAGCAGUACGAAGAUUUGGCUUUGGUGUUGUGGCACUCUUUUGGCGUCAUGUCUAGCUUGCUGCAAGAGAUUGUGGCGGUGUAUCCCCUGCUCAGUCCUCCGGCGCUCAGUGCGGGAGCGAGCAAUAGGGUGUGCAAUGCGCUGGCCUUGCUUCAGUGCGUCGCUAGUCAUGGAGAGACGAGAGCGUUGUUCUUGCAAGCGCACAUUCCCCUCUUCCUCUACCCUUUCCUCAACACCACCUCCAAAACUCGACCCUUUGAAUAUCUUCGACUCACCUCUCUCGGCGUGAUCGGAGCUCUGGUAAAGCAAAACGACAACAGCGACGUGAUCACCUUUCUCCUCUCCACCGAGAUCAUACCUCUCUGUCUCCGCAUCAUGGAGACGGGCAGCGAGCUCAGCAAGACGGUGGCGAUUUUCAUCGUGCAAAAGAUUUUGCUAGACGAUAUGGGUUUGAAUUAUAUUUGUCAGACGUACGAGAGGUUUUACGCGGUGGGGACGGUGCUGAGCAACAUGGUCAGCCAGAUCACCGAAUCGCAGGCCGUCAGGUUGCUCAAACACGUCGUCAGAUGCUACCUUCGACUAAGCGACAACCCUAGAGCGAGAGAAGCGCUUAGAGCUUGCUUACCCAGUCCUCUGAGAGACGCUACCUUUUCCCAAUUGCUAAAGAACGAUCAUAUCACAAAACGAUGCUUGGCCACGCUUUUGCUCAACCUCUCUGAUAAUCGCGUAGAAAAUUAAAGGAGCAGCACGAGCUCUUGCGCCAUGCACGCUGGUCGAUCAGAAGAAGGGACUCUGGCAUAGUCGGAAAAGGAGAAAUUCAAGAUGGCGGUCGCACCAUCACCAAGGAACAAGAAGGGGGUGCGCGUGUGAUCCCUUGAACCGAUCGGGUGAGGAAGCGCGUGUAGCCCUGCAUCGACGUAACAGACGCUUGAGCACUCCGAAUGGGGCCUCUUGCAAGACUUUGAACAACCCUUCCCUGUCCACCUUUGUCUGGUCUGAUGUAUUGUAGGCCAAUGUAAAGAGAUUUGCGAGGAGAGAGAGAGAGAGAGAGAGAGAGAGAGAGAGAGAGAG